AUGGGCAAGCUGAUGCUGGUUUGCAACGUCUCGAACGAGGUCAAGGUUGCCCCUGCCCGCUGCCCUGACGUGAACGAUUCAGCCAGUACCGCGGUGGGGGACAGCGACACCGAGAAUCUCAGCCCAGCCUCCGGAGACGGACAGGUUGUGAUCAAGAGCACCUUCCUGGAUGUGGAGGAGUGCCCGAGCCUGACCAAGCGCUUCCGAACCCUUCGGAAAAGCAAGACCGACUCGGAGCUUUGCUGGCUGUCGGACGACGAGGAAGCGGCCUACGAGCCAGGGCGCUUUAGCGACGAGAAGGCCAGCGAGUCCAUCACCGCGCCAGCGCUGCAGGUAUCCCCUGUGGACGAGCAGAGUGUAAAGUGUGAGGGACCGCGGCAAUCUUCUCCGGAGAGGCUUUCGCGUGCCAAGGCUCGCCGGCCGGCUACCAUCUGCUUGGAGUCCGCGCUGAGGUGCGACGGCUGUGCUUCCAGUCCACAGGCAUCGAACUACAUCGAGAAGACAACAGUUAUGCUCCGGAAUGUUCCCAACAACUACACGAGGGAGAUGUUUCUGGCCAUGCUGGACGAACACGGCUUCCGCGGGCGUUACGACUUUGCGUACCUGCCUUGUGAUUUCCACCGCCGAGCGAAUCUGGGUUACGCCUUUGUCAACUUCGUGAACUGCGAGGUGGCUUUGGCGGCCUGGCGCCGCUUCGACGGCUUCUCGGAGUGGGCGCUGCCCAGCCAGAAGGUCUGCGCUGUCAGUUGGAGCGGCCCACAUCAAGGACUUGAACAGCACGUGGAGCGCUAUCGCAAUUCCCCCGUGAUGCACAAGAGCGUUCCUGAUGAGUACCGCCCAGUGGUUUUCCAGAAUGGCGUGCGCCAGAGGUUUCCGUCGCCGACCAGGUCCCUGAAAAAGCCGGAUCAGUCGCAUCGCAGCCGUUGA